AUAUUCCAAACCGGAAAUCACUUUUUAUAUCUGAAACCAAGUUUGGGAGAGUGUUGUCACGUCGUUAAAGGAAAAACCGAGGUAAAGAACAGAGAGAAAAAGAGUCCCCUCAAAGGAAAAUUACAGGGAACGCAAAACUCUUUCAGAGGUUAUUUCACAAGUGGUUUUGGUCUGCCCUGA